AUGGUUGGAAGUUCUUCAGAUCCUACGCACGGGCUGGAACAUCUGCAAGUGAUUGUCACACUUCGGUCAGGGAGACAAGUGGACAAUCAAGUGGUUCUGCAAGAAGAGAACCCUGCUGUUCCUCAAGGGCAAGAAAGUCGCAACAAGGAGGAGAGAGAUGCUAAGCCAUCUACAGCCACACCCACUGUUGAGGAUCCCCCUAGGUCAUUUGUGCCUAAAGCGCCUUACCCUGAAAGAUUACAAGCACCUAAGAAAAUAGGGAAGUUUGAGGAUAUUCUGGAGGUAUUCAAACAAGACCAAAUCAAUAUCCCAUUUUUGGAUGCCAUCCAACAAGUGCCAUCAUAUGCCAAGCUCUUGAAGGACAUGAUUACUAUUAAGAGGAGGAUGAAUGUCCCGAAGAAAGUGUGUCUGACCGAGCAGGUCAGCUCAAUCCUACAAUGCAAGAUGCCCAUCAAGUACAAGGACCCUGGGUGUCCUACUAUCUCUUGCAUGAUAGGAGUUAGUCCAAUUGAGAAGGCUCUUUUGGAUCUUGGAGCAAGUGUGAAUCUCCAACCCUACUCAGUCUACCUGCAAUUGGGGUUAGUAGAAUUGAAGCCUACAUCCAUGACGCUUCAAUUGGCUGACAGGUUGGUGAAGAUUCCACUGGGAAUAAUUGAGGACAUUGUGAUAAAGGUGGAUAAGUUUUAUUUCCCCGUUGAUUUUAUUGUGCUAGACACAAAGCUGGUUCAGAAUGUUGCGAUUCAAAUACCGAUAAUUCUAGGGCGACCUUUCCUAGCUACGGCUAAUGCCUUGAUCAAUUGUAGGAUGGGGAUGAUGAAGAUCUCGUUCAGAAACAUGACUGUGGAGCUGAAUAUUUUUGAUAUCAGCAAGCAGCCACUGGAAUAUGAUGAGGUCAGGAGUGUAUGCUUGAUUAAGGAGAUCAUGGAGGAGACUGUUGAUGAAUCAACCAUAGAGGAGUCCUUGGAAGCAUGCCUUGCUUAG